AAAGACCUAAACCGUAAACAACUCUGUCCACAAGGAUACAGAUCGUUGUAUUGUAUUGUAUUGCUUGCUUACUCGUCUCUUCGUCAGAUAAAAAGACCAAACCUUUCUCAAUUUAGCCAACUAAAAUCGAGGUAUUAUUGUGCCACUCUCUCAUUUACAUUUCUGCACGAUCAAUCUGGAAAUCGGAAAUUGUCCCCUUUCGAAUGGUCACAGGAAGACUGGGGAAAUAAAUCUGUAACAUUUGAUAUUGGGAUCAAAUUUAAAAACUUGGGUCUUGACUUGUGUUUUGUUUCAUAUUGUUUUAGAGAAAAAAGGUAUGGUGAAGGAGAAUGAGUACUACGAGAUCUUAGACGUCAAAACUGAUGCUUCAGAUGCUGACAUUAAAAAGGCUUACUACUUAAAAGCGAGGAAAGUUCAUCCUGACAAGAACCCUGGAGACCCUCAAGCUGCUAAAAACUUUCAGGUUUUAGGCGAGGCUUAUCAGGUUCUAAGCAAUCCGGAGAAGCGAGCAGCUUAUGACAAAUAUGGCAAAGAAGGGGUUCAACAGGAUGCAAUGGUUGAUCCUGCAGCUGUAUUUGGUAUGCUUUUUGGAAGCGAGAUCUUUGAAGAAUACAUUGGGCAGCUUGCACUUGCUUAUUUGGCAUCAAUUGAAGCUGACUUGGAAUCAUAUGAGCCUGAAAUCAGAAAGCAAAUGCUUCAAGACAAGAUCAAAGCUCUACAAAAGGAGAGGGAAGACAAGCUCACCGCUACAUUGAAAAACAAACUUGAACCGUUUGUGGAAGGACGAACCGAUGAAUUUACCGAAUGGGCUAACGAAGAGGCAAAGCGGCUUUCUUCUGCCGGUUUCGGAGAGGCAAUGAUGCAUACAAUUGGUUACAUUUACACAAGGAAAGCUGCUAAAGAAAUUGGUAAAGACAAGAGAUUUAUGAAAGUGCCGUUCUUAGCGGAAUGGGUGCGUGACAAAGGCCACCAUAUGAAAUCUCAAGUGAUGGCUGCUUCUGGUGCGGUAUCGUUACUUCAGUUGCAGGAUGAAGUGAACAGGUUGAAUGAACACCAAGGAGAGCACAAAGACGAGCAUAUUCAGAAAGCCAUUGAAGCUAAAAUGGAUGCUUUGCUUCAAUCUCUUUGGCAAAUCAAUGUUCUCGACAUCGAAUCCACUCUUUCUCGUGUUUGCCAUUCUGUGCUUAAAGAUCCAAGUGUUUCCAAGGAUGUUCUUCGAGUUCGUGCCAUAGGAUUGAAGAAACUUGGAACGAUCUUCCAGGUGAGCAAGAAGAAAAGGGGUGCUAAGAAGCCGUACACGAGAGGAAGCAGCUUGCGUCGCGAACCCGCCGUGAAACAGGACACCGGAGGUUCUUCAAAGGCGAAGUCUUGAAACUAUUAAUUGAAUAUGAUGUUCCUCUUAAUUUUUUUAUUUGGAUGAAGUUGCAUUUCUCCUUUCUUUUGCCUUCCCCCAGUUUUGUAGAGAUUGAACUUUUGCUUGUGUAGGUGAAUUAAUACAUUGCUUUACUCGUUAAAUUA